CCCCUCCCUCCUUCCCUCCCUCCCUCCCUCCCUCCUCCGUCCCCAUCCCCCUUCCCUCUCCGUCCCCUCCCCUCCCUUCCCCUCCCCCCGCCAUGGCGCGGACCGAGGCGGCGGCGGCCAGAGCCAGAGCCAGAGCCCGGGACCGGGCCGGGGCCGGGGCCGGGCCCCCCCGGAGGUGGUGCCGGCCAUGAUUUCGUGAGGAGAGGACGGGUCACUGAGGUCUCCACCAUGGCCCCAGGAGCUUCUUCAUCCUCAUCUCCUCCAUCACCAGCCCUGCCCCUCCUUCUCCUUCUGUGGGCUGGGGCACCCCCAUCCAUUGGGCAGCCUUGCCCAGGCCGUUGCAUCUGCCAAAACGUAUCCCCAACUCUGACCAUGUUGUGUGCCAAAACUGGCCUGCUUUUUGUCCCACCGGCCAUUGACCGCCGGGUGGUUGAGUUACGAUUAACUGACAACUUCAUUGCAGCUGUCCGCCGCAGGGAUUUUGCCAACAUGACCAGUCUCGUCCACCUCACUCUGUCCCGCAACACCAUUGGCCAGGUCGCCCCCGGAGCCUUUGCUGACCUCCGGACCCUCCGGGCCUUGCAUUUAGACAGCAAUCGCCUGGGGGAGGUGCGAGGGGACCACCUUCGCGGCUUGGUGAACUUGCGCCACCUCAUCCUGGGCAACAACCAGAUCCGCUGGGUGGAACCUGCCGCCUUUGAUGCCUUCCUGGGUACCGUGGAGGACCUGGACCUGUCCUACAACAACUUAGAGUCACUGCCCUGGGAGGCUGUGGGCCAGAUGGUCAACCUCAACACCCUCACCCUGGACCACAACCUCAUCGACCACAUUGCCGAGGGCACCUUCGUACAACUUCACAAACUGGUCCGGCUGGACAUGACGUCCAACCGGCUGCACAAGCUGCCCCCCGAUGGGCUCUUCCUCCGUGCUCAGGCCUCAGGCCCCAAGCCGCCAUCCACUCUGACGGUCAGCUUUGGAGGGAACCCCCUGCACUGCAACUGUGAGCUGCUCUGGCUGAGGAGGCUGACCCGAGAGGAUGACCUGGAGACCUGUGCCACUCCUGAGCACCUGACGGACCGCUACUUCUGGUCCAUCCCCGAGGAGGAGUUCCUGUGUGAGCCGCCCCUCAUCACGCGCCAGGCAGCUGGCCGGGCUCUGGUGGUGGAAGGCCAGGCAGUGAGUCUGCGCUGCAAGGCCGUGGGUGACCCUGAGCCGGUGGUGCACUGGGUGGCCCCUGAUGGGCGGCUCCUGGGGAACUCUAGCCGCACUCGAGUUCGGGGGGAUGGGACACUGGAAGUGACCAUCACCACGCUCCGGGACAGCGGCAUCUUCACCUGCAUAGCCUCCAAUGCUGCGGGAGAGGCCACUGCCCCAGUGGAGGUGUGCGUGGUGCCUCUCCCACUCAUGGCGCCACCCCCUGCAGCCCCGCCACCCCUCAGUGAGCCUGGGUCCUCAGACAUUGCCACGCCUGGUCGGCCAGGGGCCAAUGAAACUGGCUCUGCUGGGGCUGAGCGGAGACUGGUGGCAGCAGAGCUGACCUCCAGCUCGGUGGUCAUUCGCUGGCCUGCCCAGAGGCCUGUACCCGGCAUUCGCAUGUAUCAGGUGCAGUACAACAGCUCUGCUGAUGAUUCGCUGGUCUACAGGAUGAUCCCGUCGAGCAGCAAGACGUUCCUGGUGAACGACCUGGCAGCGGGGCGGGCGUACGACCUGUGCGUUCUGGCUGUGUACGACGACGGAGUGACGGCGCUCACCGCCACGCGCGUCGUGGGCUGCGUGCAGUUCACCACGGCCGGGGAGGCCACGCCGUGCCGCCCGCUGCACGCCCAGUUCCUGGGGGGCACCAUGAUCAUCGUCAUCGGUGGCGUAAUUGUGGCCUCGGUGCUCGUCUUCAUCGUCAUCCUCAUGAUCCGAUACAAGGUGUAUGCGGGUGGCGACGCAGGCUCAGGCCACAAGGGGGCGCCGCCGCGGGUCAGCCAUGUGUGCUCGCAGACCAAUGGCGGUGCCGCGGGCUCCGGCCCGGCCCCAGUCCCGCCCGCCGCGCUGGACCAAUACGAGGCACUGCACGAGCUGGCGCCCGCGCCCACUGGGCCAGACAAGGAGAAGAUCAAGGUCGAGGCCGAGGGGGCGGCGCCCCCAGUGGUGGAGCCCGACAGGCUCCCGACACGCGGCGGCUCCUCCACGUCUCUCUGUCUGCUGCCCUCUGGGCCCGAGGCAGCGGCGCCGUCUGGGCCGGAGGAGGACGGGCGGCCCCCACUGGGGCCUGCGGGCCCUCGGCGAAGCCGUUCGGGGGCUCCCUUGGGGACCCCGGCCUCGGCCCCCGCGCUUCCCCCGGGCCGGACCCCCCGGCAGCGCUACUCUUUCGACGGGGACUAUGGCGCACUCUUCCAGAGCCACAGCUACCCGCGCCGGGCCAAGCGGACAAAGCGCCACCGCUCCACGCCCCACCUGCUGGACGAGGACGGGGGUUUGGGGGGCCUGAGCCCUGCGCGGGCCCGCCUCGCCUUCACCAGCACCGAAUGGAUGCUGGAGAGCACCGUGUGAGCGGGACCCCUGAGACCUCCGCCCAGCCAGUGGGGCCUCCCCCUCCCCAGGCCGAGGAGAGCGCGCACCCUCCUCCCUAGUCCAGCCGGGGGCUGCAGGGGGGCACCUUCCGCCAUCUGGACGCCUGGGUCCCUGGGGGAGGAGGGAGGAUCCUUGAGGGUAGAGGGGAGGGGAGGGAGCCAAAGGGAAGCCCCGCUCCUCCUCUGCCUGGCCCCGCCCAUGCGCGGGGAAGGGGGGGGAGGGGGAGGGGAGUAGCAUGGACGCAGGGGUUCUCCUCGCUUCCCCUUUUCUACCCUACCCCGGGUUCUUCACGCGCGCUCCGGGACCUCGCGGGAGCCGGUGCCUUACACAGCGGAGCGCGGGGCGGACACUUAGCAGCACUGAGACACGACACUCCCCACCGGGGACUGGUGGAUGCAGCCCUGGAGGGCCCUCCGGGGGAGGAGGUGCCCAGCCGGGGCAGGGGAAGGGAGGGCUGGGAGGGGGAGGGGGGCCUAUUUAUUGUAUCUGGCUGGACUAGAUCUUGUUCUGUCGCGUGUUUCCCUCAAUCAUAACCCCAUGGUCAUCCCCUCCCCUCCAACUGCCAUUCUUUCUCACUGCACCCAUCGACCCUCACUCAUCGCCUUUCAAUCCUCUCCCUGACUCCAAGGAUCACAGUGUCAGAGCUGGAAGGGGCCUAGAGAUCUUAGUCUGCUCUCUCUUUACAGGUGGGAACACUUGCUCUGAGAGGGGAAGGGAUUUGCCCAAGGACACAUAGCCAGUCAGCGGCAGAGCUGGGACUAGAACUCAGGUCUCCUGAUUCCCAGUCUGUGGCUCUGUUCAAUGCACCACACUGCCUCCUCUUUCUCCCUUCUUCCAUCUUUUCAGUCUUUUUUCAUCACUUCCAUCGCCCCCUCUCAUCAUUUUCAUCUCUUUCCCCCCACCCCCAAUCAUCUCCAUCUCUUUUUCCUCCCCAACCCAGUCUUCCACAUCGUCUUCAUUCUGGGCUGGUCCUGGCCUUGGACUCAGGGGUUCCCUUAGCAGGCCUGGAACUAGGACCUAGCCCAAAGCAAACCAAAUCCCCUUCCAUCAACACCCCCAGCCCCAGCUGGGGGCUUCCAGUCGCAGCAGAAUUAAACUUUUCUGUGUCUGA